AUGGCGUCGGUUGAUCUCAACCUACCUGAGCGGAUGUUCGCUGCCGGAGAUGAACCCGUCGGUGAACGAAUCAACUCAUAUCACAGGACUAAGCGCACUGAAGCAUUAAUCGCUGCUCUCGAUGCCGCAGAGUUAGAGUUCUUAAAGAAUUCUACAUUUGGGAAAGUUAUUUCUCUGGAUGAAAAUCCUCCAUUUUCCGGUGCAUUUUGCCAGUACAUCAUAGUCCGGCUCUUGAAAGUUAAUAAAAAAUACGAGAUUUGGAUUCUGUUCGCCGGAAAACCUAUCCGUUUCUCUCUUCGUGAGUUCGCCAUCGUGACAGGACUCAACUGCGACCAACUUCCUGAAUCAAGUAAGAAGAGAAAGAAGAAUCCGCUAAACGAGAAACUCUACUGGAACGAGUUGUUUGGAUCUCUCAAGUGUUGCAACGUCGACACAGUUAUCGAUAUGCUGAAGAAUCGCGUUGUCAAAGACAAAUACACGCGAAUCAAAUUCGCUUGUCUGGCAAUUACCUCUUCAAUUCUCUUGCCAUCAUCACACAACCCACGGAUUAUACCUGAGCAUGUCGAGCUGAUCAGGGAUAUCAAAGAAUUCUUGGAUUAUCCAUGGGGUCGGGUAUCUUUCCAUUUUCUCAUAACCAAUCUGACGCAGAAGAACGAACUCGCAUUGUCCCAUUCUUUGAUUGCAUUGAAAGGCUAUGUGGAUGCCAUACAAAUGGUAAUGGUUGCUGCUAUCCCGAGAUUAAAAGAGGAGGUCGUGCAAAAUGAGCCGGUGGUUGUUGUAGUUGAUUCUGAUAGCGACGACGAUGAUGGUACAGAAGAUGAAGCAGAGGAGUCAGAACAACAACCGCGUGUAGAGAAACCCCCAAAUGUAACCAGAUAUCAAGUCAUCCCGGGGCAUGCUAGAGAUAUCGACCUAGAGUGCGAGGUUGCUUUUCCCUCCAUUCUACCCGACCCAGUAGAGGACUUUGCUGGUGCAGUCGACUUUAAUUGGGUUGACGAGCUCGAUGACCCUAAGGUUGAAAGAAUUGUUACCCUAGAUGGAGAGGCGUUUUCCUUCUCCAAUGAUUUGUUCGUCGGAGGGCUCACAGCAUCCGAUCUUCAGCGGAUGACGGGACAGCUGAAGGACUACCUUCCUGCUUUAGAGGACCGUCUCUUUGAACGUAUGCUAUCUGCAUCUGCUAAUUUUGUGUCCGCCUCAGUCUUUGAACAAGCAAUUCAGGACCUUCAGUUAUCUGUACGUCGCACCAUGAAGGAUAUUGAGACCACUCUUAAAGGGGCAGUCGAAGAUAAUGUGAAAAAUUUGGAAUGUUCGUGCAUCUCACUCAUCACCAGCCUACUGUCUAAAGACAAAAUAUCAUCCACACCAGUCCCUGACGCUGUUUUCGAACAACACCAGUCCGGUUCUUUGCUCAAUCCUAUUGACUCUAUGCGCGGUUCCACGCCUCCUCCCUCCAAUGGGCAACCAGAGACUGCGGUAACCGAUUUGGCGGGGAAACUCAUUUCUGAUGAACCUACCUUGCAACCUCUCCCCCCAACAGAGCAAUCUCUCGCCCCAUUUGUCGGUCAUAGGAGGGAUGAUAAAGGCAACCAGGAGUCCGCCACCGUAGACGUUGCCGAACCAGUUGAAAUUCGCGGGACGAUUCCAUUUUCAGAGACCGAUGCUACAUUGGAGGAUGAUAAUCCCAAAGAAGCGUCACCCCUAGGUGACGCUUCCGGCUUAGGUGAUACGGGUUUGGCGGUACCAACAUCCGAUAACGACCACCUACUGGAGGAGUUGCUUAUACCAUAUAAUCUCCUCGAAAUCCCCUCAUUCUCUCUCGGGCUUUCGCAGGAGGAAGCAGAGGAAGUCCUUGUAGAUGCCAACCCGACCCAAUAUGUGCUCCCACAACCCCAAGCUGAAGCUGAGACCCUUGAGACUCGGCGGAGUAAAAGGCCGAGAAUCCUACCAACAUUGUAUCAGGAUUAUCAUUGCGACCCCAAGAUUGCUGCGCUACACCCCAUCCAUCCGGACUUGGACGGAAUGUUUGACCAACUUGUUUCCUUCAUUAGCCGCAACGAGAUAAUCAGGACCGACCAGUCGGUGACUCUAACAUCUGCUGAAAUGCUAGACAUUGCAGUUAGAGCCCAGCAUAUGACUCCGAAGGUAAUGGAUGUGCUAAUGCGUUUUCUCUCUCGCCAAAUCCCGGAGCUCGUCAACAGCUAUGUAAUACUAGAGAGCAGCUUCCUCACCACAUUGGCGAAGCAGCACGCUCGUCUUGUGAAAACGUCUUUGAAGGACCGGUCCAAGUUGAAGUUUCAACAAGACCAAAUAUUGAAGAUACGAGCUGCAAACCUGGAUCAUAUAUACUUCCCCUUCAAUAUAGACCAGAAGCACUGGGUAGGGGUAUGCGUGGAUAUUAAAGCAUCGGCCGUCCAUGUUUUAGACUGCAAUUCCUCGCUUAAGACUGACAGCCUCUUGAAGAAGGAGUUCAACCCCAUUGCAACAGUGAUUCCUUACAUUUUCAAGUCUGACCAGUUGGGAGAUCCUUCUUGUAUGGCAAAACCCCUGGCUGUUUCCAGGUGCAAAGGUGUGGCACAGAUAGCCAGUCCUACUGACGCGGGUGCGAUGGCUGUCCUUCUGAUCCAGGCCCACUCAGUCGCCGGUGUUGAUGGUUGCAAAGCAAUUUCAGCCAGAGUGCUUCCUGAUGCCUCGAAGCAGCUUGCGGUCAACUUUUUCCAGUCCCUGGGACUUUGA